GAUGGCACUUGAAAUCCCCAUCCCAUCCAACCCAAUCGCCCUGCCCUGCACCUAGCCCUCAGGUGCCGCUCAGCUGUCAGUUCACCCCGACCGGCGUUCAUCACCGCCAGCGCGAGGCACCGAGGCGUCACCCGUCAAAUCAGUGUGUAUCAACAGCUUCAACCGAACGGAUCGUUCAAGACGUAGCGUGCGCGCACAAACGGACCGUGUUCCUUACUGACUGGCAACCCUCGGCUGGGUUAUCAAUAGGAGGGAGUGUGCGGGACGCAUUAGGAGGUUGCUUUACACCACACACGCACACACGCAGGCACCUGUUGAUUGUUGUGCUCUCUCGCUGUGCUUAAUCUCCUCGCGUUCACACAGGAGCAGUCGCAGUUGGCCGGAGAGAAUCAUCUCUGGGUGCUCAUCGCAGCAUCCGAUAAGGAAGCAUUUGGGAAGUCGCAACAACACUAGCACAGCAGUAGUGCCCCACGGAUUCCCCACAUACUUACGCAUCGUUCGGUGGUAGAACGGAUUCGAAUUCUAUCGCGGUCUGGUGAAACCUGUUCCGGUGUUGAAGUUAUCCUAUCGGGGAGUGGAGCGCCGCUUCGGAGUUUCGUUUGGAAAUAGUGUGCAUUUGGACACGGCACAGUGCGGUGAUAGUGUGCACGGCUAGAUCACCGCCGACGGUAGACAGGUUGUGAAGGAAGGAAGUAUGAGCAGCGAAGUUUAGGUCAGAAGUGUCCUACGCGUAUCGUAAUUCGUUUCUCCCCCCCGCUAGCGGAGUAUAGUGUGUGUGGGGCAGCGACGCCCCUGUUGUCGCGCGUACAGUUACCUCCCCCCCUCAAGAGCAGCUACUGCAGUGCACACAUCAUGUUGACGGUACGAAUAAACGCCAAAAGUUCGACGCGAUAUCCGGCGUUUAGCUUGCUGCUGCGAACGUGCGUCUGUCUGCUGGUGCUGCUCGGUCCGGUAGCGCACAGCCCGGUCGAGGGUCAGUAUCUGCGGUCACCGUGCCCGAACGUGUUCUCGUACCGGCUCGAUCCGAGCUCUAACCAGGUGUUUGGCUACGUCCAGCUGCAGGGUCUGCGCAUCGGUCAACUGGUCAAGUUGAACGUCGAUCUUUCGAUCGGUAUCGCCGUACCGCAGAACAACGUCGGAUCGAUCACACUAGUGAAAUCGAGGGAGCAAACGUUCCGCGACAUCUACAGCAACCUGCCGGCACAGUAUCGCGUUAAUUUCCCGUUCAAAAAUGUGAUCCCGAGCGUGCUGGCAAUUAGCGUGAACGGUCAAACGAUCUGUACCGGUCAGAAAGCGACCGGACAGGUUGUGACCACCAUCAACCUGGAGCACACGCUCUUCACGCAGAUGCAACCGUUGGCGAACGGUGGUAAUGGCAACAACGUCAACAACGUCAACAACGUCAACGUCUUACAGUACCAACCGCCACAGACGCCGGCACCGCAAAUUCCCAUCUAUCGGCCGGUGCAGACUCCGGCACCGCAAAUCAUAACGCAAAGACCUCAGCCGGUUGUGACGCAGCCGGUGGUAAGACCGCAGCCGGUGAUAACGCAAAGACCGCAGCCGGUGCAACCGAACUACAGUGCAGAGGAAGAGGACAUAUGUGGCAAACCGGCCCAAGUCUUCAACCGUCUCUCGAUUAACGGCAUACGAUCGCCGAAAGGACAGUUCCCGUGGGCGUCACCGAUCUUCGAUAUUGCCGCAUCCAAACCGAAGUACAUUUGCGGCAGCACAAUCAUUACCACGUUGCACCUGGUGACGGCUGCCCAUUGCAUGUACGAUACGUACGGAGCGGAGCGUAACCCGAACGAUUUGUCGACCGUGCCGGGCAUGUACAACAUCGACAACUUCUUCGAUGCCGAUCUGCAGGAACGUAAGGUAGUGAGAAUCGUGAUACACGACGAGUACUACUUUGAGGACACGGGCCUGGCAGAUUCGGACAUUGCCGUGAUGAAGGUUGACCAGCCGAUCAUCUACAACAAUCUCGUCCGGCCCAUCUGUCUGUGGACCGAAAUCGACAACCUGGAGCAGAUUGUGGGCGUAAAGGGUUAUGUGUCCGGCUGGGGUGUUACCGAGAGCGGCGAAGCCAAGUAUCCGAGCUACGUCACGGCUACGGUGGUCGACCGACGGUCCUGCUCGCGUAACCUGGAAAAGGUGAUUGCCGGUUCGUCGCGUUUGUUCUGUGCCGAUGGGCACGGUUCGGUACCGUGCACGGGCGAUUCUGGCAGCGGGCUCGUAAUCAAGCGCGGCACAAAGUACUACCUUCGGGGUGUAGUGUCUGUCGGACAGUUUGACCCGAAUACUCUGACCUGCGCGCGUAAUAAGUACGUGGUGUACACGGACGUAGCACCACUCCGGUACUGGUUGCGGAAAGUGAUUAAAGGAGCGUAGGAUAAUGAACGGUGUCCGGUGUAGCCUGCGCAUGCUUCAAGCUAGCAAGUAAGUCUGUGACUAUCCUGACACGCACACACGGCCAUUCUGUCGAGUUCCCCUGAUGGCUGCAAGGAUCUGCCCAGCGGAGAUGGAUCUUGGUAGAGCAUAGUCCAAGAUGACUCAUGCCCACGGGUCUUCCGAUCUGUUUGCAAGAUUGCCCUAGACUGGUGGGCAACCGAAACCAAGUGUAGUGAUGAAACGCGUUAGCUAAGCGUUUAUUCCAGGACAACCCAAGUCAACAAAACCAAGAAAAUAAACGAUACAGUGUGUAGUGCGUAGAUCGUAAAAUGUAUUUAUUUAGCGAUCUAAGUCUAUCGUUCGGCGCCCGUCAUGGGAGUCGAAACAAAGUAAACGUAACGUAAACCAAACUUUAAUAAAUUGAGAACCAUCUAUCGAGUAA